GCUAGCAGAACACAAAUCAACUAAAGCCGCCAUGACCAGCUGACCAUUGCCAGCAUCAACAUGAAGCUCGUUUUGCCUAUCCUCCUCUCCCUGAUAUCAGAAUUCAGCACUGUCAUCAGUGGCAGCAACCCUCCACAGUUCGUCUACAACGGCUUCACCGGCAGCAACCUCACCGUAGACGGCUCGGCGAGGAUCACGUCGGCCGGCCUCAUCGAGCUGACCAACGACACGUCCAGGAUCAAAGGCCAUGCCUUGUAUCCGUCUCCGCUUCGCUUCCGCCAUUCUCCGGACAGCAUGGUGCAGUCUUUCUCCCUCUCGUUCGUGUUCGGACUCCUCUCUUCCUUCUCUGACAUCAGAGGCCAUGGCCUUGCCUUCUUCAUCGCCCCAACCGCCGAUUUCACCGGCGCUUUCCCUAUCCAGUUCAUGGGACUUCUCAACUCAACUGACAACGGGAACUCAAGCAACCACAUCUUUGCAGUUGAGCUUGACACUGUCCAGAACACUGAGUUUGGGGACAUCGACAACAACCAUGUCGGCGUCGACAUCAACAGCCUCAGCUCUCUCAAGUCCAGCACGGCUGGGUUCCAUGAUGACAGCAAUGGGAGGUUCACAAACCUGCAGCUCCGGGGAAGUGGUCCAAUCCAAGCUUGGGUGGAGUACGAUGGGAACACGACACGGAUCCAUGUGACAAUAGCACCCCUUGGCAUGCAAAAACCUGUGACGCCACUGCUCUCCUUAACCUAUAACCUCUCAACAGUUGUAACAGAGGAAGCAUACAUUGGUUUCUCAUCUGCAACAGGCUUAAGCACAGGGCAUCAUCACUGCGUGCUUGGCUGGAGUUUUGGCAUGAAUAGUCCAGCUCCAAGCAUUGACUCUGCAAAGCUACCCAAACUGCCUUAUCUUGGUCCAAGACCUCCAUCUAGAAUCAUGGAGAUCACUCUACCAAUUGCAUCUGCACUUUUUGUAUUACUUACUGGAACUAUAGUUGUUCUACUUGUGAGGAGACAUUUUAGAUAUAAGGAGGUACAUGAAGAUUGGGAGGUCGAGUAUGGCCCACACCGGUUCGCUUACAAGGAUUUAUAUAACGCCACCAAAGGAUUUAGUGCAAAGAACUUGAUAGGGGUGGGUGGAUUUGGUAGGGUGUACAAGGGAGUGCUUCCUACAUCAAAAUCAGAGGUUGCGGUAAAGCGGGUACCAUAUAACUCAAUGCAGGGUACAAAGCAGUUCGUUGCUGAAGUUGUAAGCAUGGGGCACCUCCAACACAACAAUGUUGUGACAUUAUUUGGGUAUUGUAGGCGAAAAGGUGAACUCCUUCUGGUGUAUGACUAUAUGGUAAAUGGAAGUCUUGACAAAUACUUGUAUGGUAAAGAGGGCAGGGCCAUCCUUGAUUGGGGACAGAGGUUUAGGAUCAUCAAAGGAAUUGCAGCCGGGUUGCUCUACCUCCAUGAGGAAUGGGACAAGGUUAUAAUACAUCGCGAUGUCAAGCCAAGCAAUGUUCUUCUUGACCAAGAGAUGAAAGCACAACUGGGAGAUUUUGGCCUCGCGAGGUUAUAUGAUCAUGGCACUGAUCCACAGACCACACAUGUUGUUGGCACAAUAGGAUACCUAGCUCCAGAGCUAGUGCAUAGAGGCAAGGCAACCACUCUUACUGAUGUAUUUGCCUUUGGAGUUUUUAUUCUUGAGGUUACUUGUGGGAAAAAGCCAGUGACUGAAGACACCCAAGGCCACCAGCUCAUGUUGGUCGAUUGGGUGAUUCAGAAUUGGCAUGAAGAUAAACUCCUUGAUUCAGUGGAUAUCAGACUCCAAGGUAACUAUGAUGUCGCUGAGGUGUGCCUUGCAUUGAAGUUAGGAUUGUUGUGCUCUCACCCAUUUCCGGAUGCAAGGCCUUACAUGCGGCAAGUCUUGCAGUAUCUUGAUGGUGACGUGCCACUACCAGAGCUACUGCCAACACACUUUAGCUUCCAUAUGUUGACCUUAGUGCAAAACGAUGGGCCGGGAAUUAGGACCCUAAAUAGAGGAGUGACCUCACAAUACUUGGGUCUCCUCAACAAAACAAGUGAUCGCAAUUCAAGUAACCACAUAUUUGCAGUCGAGCUUGAUACUAGCCAAAACACCGAGUUCAACGAUAUCGAUGACAACCACAUCGGCAUCGACAUCAAUAGCCUCACCUCAUUUCAGUCCCACUCAGCUGGCUUCUUCGAUGACAGCAAGGAUGGUAUGUUCAGUAACUUGUCCCUUAUUAGUAGUAGAGAGAUGCAAGUGUGGGUGGACUACAGUGCAGAGGCCACACAGAUCAAUGUGACCAUGGCUCCCCUCAAGGUAACCAAACCAUCCAGACCUCUACUUUCAGCUACCUACAACCUUUCCACAGUGUUGGAAGACCCAUCCUACAUUGGUUUCUCUGCAUCAACUGGUCCAAUUUAUUCACUGUAUUGUGUGCUCGGCUGGAGCUUCAGCUUGGGCAUCAAUAGUUCAGCUCCCCAGAUCGAUAUCGCCAAGUUGCCAAAGCUACCUCAGGUUGGCCCGAAACCUCAGUCCAAGGUGCUCAAGAUCACCCUACCAAUAGCCACAGCCAUAUUCAUCCUCAUUAUCGGAACAACGAUAAUUCUAUUUGUGCGUAGGCAAAUGAAGUUUGCUGAGAUAAAAGAAGACUGGGAAGAUGAGUUUGGACCACAUCGGUUUUCGUACAAGGAUUUGUUCCAUGCUACAGAUGGCUUCAAGAACAAUAAUCUACUUGGCCUAGGAGGAUUUGGGAAGGUGUAUAAAGGUGUGCUUCCUGUCUCCAAAUUAGAGAUUGCUGUUAAGAGGGUGUCACAUGACUCAAAGCAAGGAAUGAAGGAGUUUAUUGCUGAGAUUGUCAGUAUUGGCCGUCUCCGUCAUCGCAACCUUGUCCAGCUACUUGGUUAUUGCAGAAGAAAAGGUGAACUCCUAUUGGUAUAUGACUAUAUGGCAAAUGGAAGUCUUGAUAAGUAUUUACAUUGUGAGGAGGAUAAGCCCACUCUGAAUUGGUCCCAAAGGUUUCAAAUCAUCAAAGAUGUUGCAUUUGGCCUAUUCUAUCUCCAUGAGAGGUGUGAGAAAGUUGUAAUCCACCGAGACAUCAAAGCAAGCAAUGUGCUACUUGAUUGUGAGAUGAAUGGACGUCUAGGUGACUUUGGUCUUGCAAGGUUGUAUGAUCAUGGUAGCGACCCACAAACAACACAUGUAGUUGGUACCAUGGGAUAUCUAGCCCCAGAACUGGCACGCACUGGUAAGGCGACACCUAUGACAGAUGUGUAUGCAUUUGGUAUUUUCAUCCUUGAGGUAACCUGUGGGCAAAGACCUAUCAGUAGUCAUGCAGAGGAUAGUUCGCAGAUCCUUAUUGAUUGGGUAGUCGAGCAUUGGCACAAAGGUUCACUUACAUACACACUUGACCAUAGGUUACAAGGCAACUGCAACGCAGAUGAGGUAGAUCUGGCGUUAACUCUAGGAUUGUUGUGUGCACAUCCAGUUUGCAAUGCAAGGCCGAGUAUGAGGCAAGUCACACAAUACCUUAACGGAGAGAUGCCACUCCCAGAAAUAAUGCCCAGAAACUUGAGUUAUAGCGUGUUGGGCCUGAUGCAAAAUGAAGGUUUUGACCAGUAUAUAUCCACAGUUGGCAGCAGUGGCAUCACCUCCAGCUUCUUGAGUGGAAGGUGAUGAUAGAUGGAUAGCAGCCCCAGGGGAUAGAUCAUCUGGUAAUUAGUAUGCCUAAACUACUAGUGUAUCAACAUGUGGUCUUACACAGUUUGACAUUUUUUAAGUCUUACUCCGUAUGUAUUAAAAGUUGAAGAGGUGAUUUCUUUGUAAAAUUUGAAUUUCACAAUGGUGAAAAAAACUUUAAAUGGA